CGAGCGGAUCCGCUCCGGUGGUGCGGGGGGCGGCCCGCGGGCCAUGGCCACCUGGCGGCGGGACGCGCGGGUGACGGCCGUGCAGCGGCUGGGCUGCGCCGCGCUGGCGGGCGCGCUGAGCCUCAGCCUGACGGCGCCGCUGGAGCUGCUGACGGUGCUGGCGCAGGUGGGCACCUGGCACUGCCGGCGGGGGCUGCGCAGCGCCGGGCCGAGCCUGUGCCGGGCCGAGGGCGUGCGGGCGCUCUGGAAGGGGAACCUCACCGCCUGCCUGCGCCUCUUCCCCUACAGCGCGCUGCAGCUGGCCGCCUCCCGCCGACUUGUUAUACUUUUUACUGAUGAGUUGGGUCAUAUUUCCCACUGGAGAGCCAUCAUGGCAGGAAGCCUGGCUGGCAUGGUUGCAACCAUCGUGACUUACCCCACGGAUGUGAUUAAAACACGGCUCAUUGUGCAGAACCGACUGGAACCAUCUUAUGAAGGAAUUGUUCAUGCUUUUUACAAAAUUUAUCAUCAAGAAGGACUCCUUGCACUCUACCGUGGCGUUUCACCAGCUAUAUUAGGUGCUGUGCCAUUUUCUGCUGGCUCAUUCUUUGUUUACAUCAAUCUGGACAAAAUCUGGCAAGAACCCAUUGUUCAUUUCACUCCUCUUCAGAACUUCAUCAAUGGCUGUGUAGCAGCUGCUGUGGCACAGACACUUUCCUUCCCCUUUGAGACUGUCAAGAGGAAGAUGCAGGCCCAGAGUCCUUGGCUUCCCCACUAUGGAGCAGUUGAUGUCUAUUUUACUGGCAUGGCUGACUGCUUCCGGCAAACUGUGAAGAACAAAGGUGUGCUUGGACUUUGGAGCGGGCUCACACCCAGUCUGCUCAAGAUUGUCCCAUACUUCGGUGUUAUGUUUAGCACCUUUGAGUUCUGCAAGCGGGUCUGUCUGUACAGAAAUGGUUAUAUUGAGUCUCCUUUAAAUUACAAGCUAACCCCUGGCGUGGACCAGAGUUUACAGCCACAAGAACUGAGAGAGUUAAAGCGCCUCCGGAGGGAAAGUUUUGAGCCAAGGAAAUCAGCUCUUGAGAACUGACAUUAGAGUGUCUGUUGGGGAUACACACACUGCCUUUUUUAAGGAACUUCAGAAGACAGACACGCUCAGCCACAGGUACCAGCGUUUCAGUGGACUGCAUGGUUUUAAUACCACAAACAAGUAAAUCUUGUCUCUCGUUUGCUGAACGGACACAAGCGAUAUGAAUAGCAAGCACAGACUGAAGAGGAGAGGUGCAACUAGUCGGAAAACACUGGGCAAUUGGAACUUGAACUUAUGUUACUCAAGGUGCUUUACAAUACAGAAUAGCCAUUUUGAGAGAAAACCACUUGCAGAAAGGCAAGAUAACUGAGGUGAGAGUAGAGGUUGCAUCUUAAAAAUAGUAAGAAAAUUUAAGUGGGUAUCUUUUAAGUAAUCUGAAAUACUGAGUCAGCCAAAAAUUUUAAAUGGAAUAUGUACAACAUGCAGGAAUUUCUACUGAAAUCUCUUUUUUUUUUGGCAAUACUGUGUAGAUGUGCCAUUCUGUGGCUGCAGAAUUAGUGUCAGUUCAGUCACACUCCAGAAUCCCCUCUUCAGUUUUCGAGACUUAGUCAAAGAUAAUGAUUUUGAAUGAUUUUUUGGCUGAAAAUAUGCUGCUGCUGCAACUGGGCUUUUGCUAAGAGAGAACUGUAAUGUGCAAACAAACUGUAAUGCUCCGGAAUGACAAUCUUGAAAACUUAAGUGCAUAGUAGAAAAUCUCCCUCCCUUUCUCCUGUGUUUUUACCGUGCAUAUGUGAAUUGUUUCAGGCUUUGAAAAACAGUUUUCCUGAAGCUCUCUGUUUCCUGAAAAUGUACAUGUGUUGAGGAUUUCAGAGCCAUGAGCCUUGUCACAUUGUUUUGGUAUUCUUAAAGCUCUAUUUUUAUAUUGAACUACUUUUGGGUUCCUGUGCACA